GUUAUUAUUAUUUUUGGAAAGAAACUUGAAAAUGAGUUAAUAAUAAUAAUAUGAAAUGCAGUAUUGUUGAGAAGUGGGAUAGCGAAAAGAGGGAUGGAGAAGAGUUCGGAUUCGAGGGAGAGAAAGAGAGAGGAGGCGUUAUCAAACUCAAACUCAAACUCAAAUUGGAAUUGGAAGGUAUGCAAGAGAUGCAAGCAAACGUAUAAUCCUGCUUCUAAUUCUUCUACAUCUUGCCGUUUCCACCCUUCCUUCUUUGUAUGUCGCCGUCACGACGAUCAAAAGAGGUACUAUGAAUUGGGGCCGAAUGACCCGCCAUAUGCUGCCAAGUUCUAUGACUGCUGUGGGGCUGAGGACCCUCAAACAUCUGGCUGCACUACCAAUUUUCACAUCUCUUACGAUGACCACUGAUGUAAUUACUCACUCCCAUUAUUAGUAUUAGCUACCUUCACUUUCAUCAUUUUACAUGCUUUACAAACUCAAUGUUUUUUUCAUUUCUCUUCUGGUGUUGGAUUACUACCUCAUAUCAUGUGAUGCCAUUCAGAUUGGUCUACCGUUUUAGUUUUUUUCAUAACUAUAUACUACUUGCUGUAAUGUUAAUAUUUUAGGUUUUUAAUGAUUAGUCCCAAAAUAUACAGAAUUACUAGUAUUUCUCUGCUUGCGAAAAAUAAUUGAGAUUUAUUUAGUA